GCGGCUCCGGCUUCCGUUCUUGAGAACGCCCGUCGAACACUCGGGCGGCGGGCGGAGCUUUCGAUUCGGAAGCGAUCGUCCGAUUUCUGCGUCCCGAAUCGAAGGCGGCGAGUUGCAGCGUCGGAGGAUUCGGUGGCCUCAAUUGGAGCUCUGUCGUCGUGGGAGUCGGAAAUCGGCAAUUGCUGAAUCGGAGCAUGUUCAUGAAGCUGGCGCUGUGGAGGGCACCACCGGCUUCUACGUGUUUGGAAGCAGAUGUACGGGCAGUGAUUGUCUCUGCGAGCAAAGAGUCAAUUCGAUCGCUUGAUUUGAGGAAUGCGGUCGUCCGUAGGAACAAGGCGGAGACCCACCGAUGACGAUGACUUUAAGAAGGAAUUGCGAGGAAAGGGGACGAGGACGAUUGUGAAAGUCGUGCUUCUCGCAUUCUCCGUGCUGAUUGUUCUCGAGGUUUCGGCAGCUGCAUUGAAUAGGUUAGAGAUUAUGGGCAGUCUCGGUGGAUAUGAAGAAGCUGGGAGUGUAGGUUUCAAUGGUGGUAGAAAGAGAGCUGCAUUGUACGAUCGGAUGGGAGCCGAUUUGGACACAAAGGGUGCAGCAUUUCUGGAUGGAGGCGAAACAUCGCAGUCGCUGAACCUCGCAGAUUUGUUUACCGUAGAGGACGGCAUAGUCAUCCCUGUGCAGAAGCCCGCGAACCCGCCAGUACGAGCCACCGUUCUCCACCUCAAUGGACACUAUGCCUUGCAGAUUUCGGAGGCAGCGAAGAAAAUAUUGAACCCUCAUUUUGCCGGAGCAAUUUGGUACCAGGAUGUCUCUUUUUACCACUUCAGCCUUUUUCAUGCAUCGCAUCAUUUGGAGGCUGUACCUGCGACCGAGAAAGAGAUGCAAGCAGAGGAAGAAGCUGUGAAGCAAGUGGCUGCCAGAAGCUGCCCUCUUGAGAUAGUUCUUGAUAGGGUUUUGUUGACGCCAACUGGAGUGUUGUUAGGAUGUUGGCAGGUGCUGAAUGGCACAGAUCCUGCAAUCAUCCGAAAAGAAUUGAGGCACGCCCUGGUACACGCACCAAACAAACAACUCUACGAUCCAGUGAUACUGCACACGUCAAUAGCUCGGAUUCUGGGUCCCCCUAAGUCCUCGCCAUCCCACGGUGGGAGUAGUACAAAAGGAGAAGCAUUGUUUUUCAUGAAAUCACUCAUUCGACAAAUCAAUGAAAAGCUGUCUGGCUUUCAGGCAAAGAUCGAAGACUUGUGGUACGUUGAGGAACUUGAUCUUCUUGCCUUGGCGUUGAAAGGGAGACUUGUAGUUCACAAGUAUCCUUUGGGAUGUCCAUCUUCCGGGGACUGAGCUCUUGAAUUGUACGGGGGACAUUGGCAUCAAUCUGAACGACCUUACGCCACUCUGCAGUAAGACUUAAGUAUCAGAUUACUGUUACGGAUCCGAUUUGAAGAUGAAGUAGGUAAUAGAGAUUGGUCUUGAGGCCGGCAUACUCAAACUGGUUCACUUCGGUAUAGAAGAAGGUCAUUUAUAUUCUUGAAGUGGUGGCAAAUUUCAAAACCAUCACAGUUUGUAAAUAGCUCCCACGGGAGUUCUACGAGAAACUUCAAUUGCUGCGAUCCUGAAAUUUGAAGGCUUUCCUGUUGCGAAAACCAUCAAACUCCCGGAUAUUUGUUGUCAGAGACAUCUGUUUGCU